UGUUUUCAUUUCGCGGCAUGUAUCGUUAAAUAGUUUAAAUAAUAAUAUUUACGAUUUUACAGCUUAUUCUAUUGAAUACGUAUUUGUGAUUAGUUCGGGGUAGCUUGUUUUACACACGGUUUAUUUAAUUUAUUCACCAUGGCUGAUUAUCCGGACCCCGACGAAGAAUACGAGCUCAUGUACGCCGAUGAGCUGGAAAUGCUUCGAGACGACGAAGAUAGUUCAGAUCAUAAUGUAGUAAAGAAAAAUCCUUCACCAGCCAAAAGAAGUUUAGAUUUCUCUAGUCCAACAGUGAAAAAACAUCUACCUACAUUCGCUAGUCAAAAUGUAGUGAAAGAAAACAUAGAUGGUAUAAACUCUCUGCCUUUAAGCCAACCUACUCAGCCUACACCUGUGAUUUCAAGUAAACGGACAGUAGAUGAUUUAUUUGGAGAUAUUGGGGAUAUCGAAGAUGAUAUUUUAUUACCGAGUAAGAAGCAGAAAACAGAAGAGGAAGAAGAUGAGGAGCUGAUUCAGAAGAUUUUAGAAGGUCGGAGAUUGCGGCAGUUGUGUCUGGAGCCUUCUAACAGGCUUCAGGGUGAGGCGAAGCCCAACUUUAAUGUGAAAGACAAUAUUUCGCUGGAUAUACCAAGAUGGGCAUUCAUGCCGCUAACUAACUCUGAUGGAGACAGGUUCUAUGUAAGGCUAGAGUCCGAAGACUCGUGGGAGAAGUCACUGGAAAUGACAGAAGAGAGUGUUUCUUUGCACGUCAACUAUAGAAGCACAUGGGCCGAGGCUCGGAAACUUUUGGAAGAAAAACAAAAACAAAAAGAAGUCCAGCCUGAAGAGGUGCAGGUUGUUGAGAAAGAUGAAAAUGACAAUCUCAUGUGGGUGGACAAGUUCAAACCGCAGUCCUAUGUGGAUCUGCUCUCUGAAGAGCCAGUUAAUAGGGCGCUGUUGCACUGGCUGCAUUUGUGGGACAAGAUAGUGUUCAAAAAAGAAGUGAAGACAAAAGAGCCGCAACAGAGAACCACGUUCAGCAAGCGCGCGGGCGAAUUCCAGCUCACCAAUAAAUGGAAAGGCAAGAAGGAAGCGGAGCCGGAGGUGGAUGAAGACGGCCGACCGCACCAUAAGGUGGCGCUGUUGUGCGGGCCGCCUGGCGUGGGCAAAACGACGCUGGCGCAUUUGCUGGCCAAGCUCGCGGGCUACAGGCCAGUAGAACUGAACGCUUCAGACGAGCGCAGUACGGACGCGUUUAGGACAGCGCUGCACAAUGCUACUUUAAUGCGGUCUGUGUUAGACCCCGACCGGAGACCCAACUGCCUUAUACUAGAUGAGAUCGACGGUGCCCCGUUGCCUACCGUCGAAUUGUUAGUGAAGUGGUGCACAGCGACCGCAGCGGCCGCCGGAAAGAAAAAGGCCAAGACGCAGCCUUUACGGCGACCCGUCAUAGCCAUAUGCAAUAAUUUGUAUGCCACGUCAUUGAGGCCUUUAAGGCCGGUAUCUCUGAUCCUCGUCGUGUCCACCGUGUCGCUGCCGCGGCUGGCGGCGCGCCUGAGCCUGGCGGCGGCGCGCUCGGGCGCGGGCGUGGCGCCGCGCGUGGCGGCCGCCGUGGCGGCGCGCGCGCACCCCGACGUGCGCGCCGCGCUGCAUCUGCUCAGCUUCCUUGACAAGCUUAAAGGGGGCGCUGAGGUGACGGUAGCGGACGUGGAGAAAGCCUCCAUAGGCACCAAGGACUGCCACAAGAGCCUCAUGCAAGGACUGCAAGCAAUUUUCACCAUCAACGACAAGGAAAAGGAUAUUCUGAAAACGGUACAAGCGGCCGGGGAAUAUGACAGACUAGCGGAUGGGAUUUUCGAGAACUACCUCCAAGCUCGCGUGGACUCCCGGCUCCUCAUAGCUUGUGAAACUCUCUCCUGGCUUCGGUUCUACGACACUGUUUACGCGUGGACGCUGCGAACACAGAACUACUCUUUGUACGGUGCUCUACCGCUGUGUAUAGCUAGGUGUCACACAUUAUUAGCGUCUAGAACUCCGCAGAGAAUCAAGUUCCCGACUCAAGCUCAAGAGAUGUACCGCCGCCAAACGGAGCUGGACGCGACAAUGUCGUCUGUAGCGCGAGGUUGCGCGGCCAGCGUCGCGCUGUCGCGUACUGCGCUGCGACUGAGCCUCGUACCGCUCCUGCCUUAUUUAUUGUCGCCCGUGCUGCGUACUGCUAACGUGCAGCUAUGCACGGAAAACGAACGCAAAGCCCUACGUGCCUGCGCGGGUGCCAUGUGCGACUACGGAUUACAAUACGUACAGCAAAGGACGCCUGAAGGACUGUACGCGUUCGUGUUAGAACCCGACAUACACAAGAUCGCCUUCUUUGGUAACGAGGAUAGAGCGCGGCCGCCGCCGCCAGUGCGGCAGGCUAUCGCUCGCGAACAACAAUUGGAGGUUAUUCGCAGAAACGAAGAAAUGGCUAACAGAGUGAGCAGUACACAGAAGAGCACAGAAGGAACCAGUAGAGCACCGCCAGCGAUAAAGGAGCCGCUACCGAAGAAGGAUGUCCCACUACCCAACCACUUGCAAAGGUUAAAGCCCAAGGAAGUCACCAAGUCUGCUCCACAGGUACACAAGGAUUUCUUCGGGCGCAUAGUUCCAAUGUCUCAGGUUCAAAGAUCAGAUGCUGUUCCCGACGUGAUAUCGUCGAGCAGCGUGUUCUACCAGUACCGGGAGGGGUUCAACAACGCCGUCCGGCGGAACGUACGCACCAAGGACUUGUUAUAGCUAAUGUAUAUUAGUAGUU